UCAGGGUUUGUAAACCAUCAGAGGAUUUAAUCUGAAUAAAAUCUGUUCAUCAGAUGUGUUUAGUGAGUCGGUGUCGGCGAUGGAGGGAGAUUCUGUCACUUUAUACACUGAUGUUGCUGAAAUACGUGAAGGUAGCAACAUAGUGUGGAAAUAUGGAGCUGGAAAUUCUCGCAUAGCUAAAAUUAAGAAAUAUAAGCAUUUUGUUCCGGAAUAUAAUGAUACUUAUGAGAGAUUCAGAGACAGACUGAAGCUGGACGAUCAAACUGGAUCUCUGACCAUCAUGAACAUCUCAACUCAACACGCUGGAGAUUAUCAAGUAGAGAUAAAUGGAGCAAAACUGACAUCAAAAACAUUCAGUGUUUCUGUCUAUGCUCGUCUGCCUGUUCCUGUCAUCAUCACUAACUCUUCAAACUGUUCUUCAUCAUCAUCAUCUUCUUCAUUGUUGUGUUCGGUGGUGAACGUGGGUCAUGUGACUCUCUCCUGGUACAAAGGAAACAGUUUAUUGUCCAGCAUCAGUGUGUCUGAUCUCAGCAUCAGUCUCUCUCUACCUCUGGAGGUGGAAUAUCAGGAUAAAAACACCUACAGCUGUGUGAUCAACAACCCCAUCAGAAACCAGACCACACAUCUGGACAUCAGUCGACUCUGUCACACGUGUUCAGGUACAACAGAGCUGAUGUAUGUGUUUAAUUACUGAGCUGAUCUCUGUGUUCUG